AUGACAGCCAUUCGCAAGAAUGACAUGAAUUAUACCCUCGAUGAUUUCACAAAGUUGGAGAAGAUCGGAGAGGGAACAUACGGAGUUGUCUACAAAGGAAGGAAUAGAAGAACCCAAGCGAUGGUUGCCAUGAAGAAAAUCAGACUGGAGAGUGAAGACGAGGGUGUUCCAUCCACUGCCGUCCGAGAGAUCAGUUUGCUGAAAGAGCUUCAACAUCCAAAUGUUGUUGGAUUGGAAGCUGUCAUAAUGCAGGAGAAUCGUCUUUAUUUGAUCUUCGAGUUCUUAUCGUACGACUUGAAGCGCUACAUGGAUACAUUGAGCAAAGAAGAAUAUCUGCCAUCAGAAACCCUCAAAAGCUACACUUUCCAGAUUUUACAAGCAAUGUGUUUCUGCCAUCAGCGUCGUGUAAUUCAUCGGGAUUUGAAACCACAGAACUUGCUGGUCGACGAGAAAGGAGCAAUCAAGCUGGCCGACUUCGGCCUCGCCAGAGCCAUCGGAAUCCCAAUCCGUGUCUACACUCACGAGGUGGUCACUCUGUGGUACAGAGCCCCAGAAAUCUUGAUGGGGGCCCAACGGUAUUCUAUGGGUGUCGAUAUGUGGUCGAUCGGAUGCAUCUUCGCUGAAAUGGCUACCAAAAAGCCUCUCUUCCAAGGAGAUUCGGAGAUCGACGAACUCUUCCGCAUCUUCAGAAUUCUCGGUACGCCAACUGAGCUCGAGUGGAACGGAGUCGAGUCUCUGCCGGAUUACAAAGCUACUUUCCCAAAGUGGCGCGAAAAUUUCCUUCGCGACAAGUUUUACGAUAAGAAAUCUGGAAACUACUUGAUGGAUGAGGACGCAUUCUCUCUUCUUGAGGGUCUCCUGAUCUACGAUCCAGCUCUCCGCAUAAGCUCCAAGAAAGCGCUCCACCACCCAUAUUUCAACGACAUCGAUACUUCCAAGUUGCCGGCCGGAAACUAUCGAGGAGAACUUCAACUUGAAUAA